AUUGGCGGCGGUGAAGGCCUCGGGGCGCCGCCGCCGCCGCUGCCGCCGUUUAUCCGGAGGCUCCGUCCCAUGGGGAGAGGCGAAGGGCGGGACGGGGCUCGCCGCGGGCUGCGGCGCUGGCCGCUGCCCUCCGGUCUGCCCGGCCGCGUCCCGCGUCCCGCGGCGGCUCCGGUUCGGCGCUGAGAGGCCUGCCCGGUGGCGGCCGGCGAGGGGGCAAGGCGGGAGGCUGAACGGACCAUGCCGGUGCAGGCCGUGCCUCGGGCCGCCGCUCCGCUUUGAAACUGCCUCCGCUUCCCCGGCUCGUCUCCUUACAUGCUUGGCGUUCCCCACCGCCCACGGAGCCAUGAGUUAGGCUCGGAGCUGGAGCCCGCUCGGUUACCCGCCCGGAGCCUUCGGUAAGCCGAGAGAGAGCUGCUCCCUGGGCUUCCUCCCUUGCCCUUCCUAGAUGUGAACCAGCACAAGCCUCAUCUCUUCCAGGCUCUCCCUCCUGUUGUUUUGCUUUCUUUUUGGUUCUGUCCAAAAGAGGAAAAGCCAAACCCAAAUCACUCCAUCAAGAACUUGUGCCGAUCUAAGGGCUGCAGAGUCUUGGUCCCACCUUUGUGGUUGUUUUUUUGGCCUUCCCAAGCUCUUGGGCUGUGGUUUUUUUUUAUCCUUCGUGGGAUCGACCACAGGGAACAGUUAGGAUCUUGAUUCCUUUGGAUUUUCCUUCUCACUCUGGAAGCUUUUCCUCCCAAGAAGCCGAAGCUGUCGCCUCUGAACUCCCUCGUUCUCUUCCCAAGCAUGUCAGAAAGCUGGCAGCAGCCACCACAGCAGCAACCGCAGCAGCAACCACCACCGCCGCCGCCGCCGCCGCAGCAGCACCACGCAGGGGCUGCCUCCCUCCCGGAGCACUCCAUCCCGCCCAGCACCGCCGACAACCCCUUGGGAUGCGCCGUCUAUGGCAUCCUGCUCCAGCCGGAUCCGGGCUUGCAACACCACCAGCACGCCCCCAUCCAAGCCGGGGAACCCUCCCAUAAGUGCGGCGUCUGCGGCCACGACCUCGCCCACCUCACCAACCCUCACGAGCACCAGUGCUUGCCGGGUCACGACCGCUCUUUCCAGUGUACCCAGUGCCUGAAGAUCUUCCACCAGGCCACCGACCUCCUGGAGCAUCAGUGCAUCCAGGUGGAGCAGAAGCCCUUCGUCUGCGGCGUCUGCAAGAUGGGCUUCUCCCUCCUGACCUCGCUGGCCCAACACCACAACGUCCACAACGGCAACGCCAUGAAGUGUUCCAUCUGCGAGAAGACCUACAAACCCCCCGAGGUGGAACCCUCACAACCCACCCCGGACCCCUCGGAGAAACCUUACAGCUGCUCCAUCUGCCAGAAGACCUUCAAGCACCUCUCGGAGCUGUCCCGCCACGAACGCAUCCACACGGGCGAGAAGCCUUACAAGUGCACCCUGUGCGACAAGAGCUUCAGCCAGUCCUCCCACCUGGUGCACCACAAACGCACCCACAGCUCCGAGCGGCCCUACAAGUGCACCGUCUGCGAGAAGACCUUCAAGCACCGCUCCCACCUGGUGCGCCACAUGUACGCCCACUCCGGCGAGCACCUCUUCAAGUGCAACGUCUGCGAGCUGCACUUCAAAGAGUCCUCCGAGCUGCUGCAGCACCCUUGCACCCCCAGCGGGGAGCGCCCCUUCCGCUGCGGCGAGUGCCAGAAAGCCUUCAAGCGGCCCUCGGACCUGCGGCAGCACGAGCGGACGCACAGCGAGGAGCGGCCCUUCAAGUGCGACCUCUGCCAGAUGAGCUUCAAGCAGCAGUACGCCCUCAUGCGCCACCGCCGCACGCACAAGGCCGAGGAGCCCUUCAAGUGCAACCUCUGCGAGAAGGCCUUCGUGCAGCCCUCCCACCUGCUCUACCACCAGCACGUGCACGGCAUCGAGAACCUCUUCAAGUGCAACGCCUGCCAGAAGGGCUUCAACCAAUCCUCCGAGCUGCUGCGCCACAAGUGCGUGGCGCAGGGCGCUGCGGGCGCCGCCGCCGUUGCCGUUGCCGCCGCCGCCGCCGCCGAGCGGCCCUUCAAGUGCGCCGUCUGCAGCAAGGCUUACAAGCGCGCCUCGGCCCUGCAGAAGCACCAGCUGGCUCACUGCGCCGAGAAGCCCCUCAAGUGCACCCUCUGCGAGAGACGCUUCUUCUCCUCCUCCGAGUUCGUCCAGCACCGCUGCGACCCGGCUCGGGAGAAACCCCUCAAGUGCCCCGACUGCGAGAAGCGCUUCAAGUACGCCUCGGACCUGCAGCGCCACCGGCGCGUCCACACGGGCGAGAAGCCCUACAAGUGCCCCUCCUGCGAGAAGGCCUUCAAGCAGCGUGAGCACCUCAACAAGCACCACGGCGUGCACGCCCGCGAGCAGCAGUACAAGUGCAUGUGGUGCGGGGAGCGCUUCCUGGACCUGGGCUUGCUGCAGGAGCACAGCGUCCAGCAUACGGCCGAGGGAGCUUACCAAGUGGCCACCUGCUUGCCCUGAGCUUCCUUCCCGCCUCGCCCCGGAGCGGGGGUGGGGGUGGGUGGGUGGCGGGGAGCCCCUCGGAGGCUUGCGGCUGGCGUGGGAUCGGAGGAGGGUUGGUAGGGGGUUGGAAAGGGACCUCUGGGGAUCGGUGAGGCUGAUCUUUGCCGCCCCCUGCCCGCAGCGGGACUGUGGAAUCCAGCGCGAGGUAGCGCGGGAAGGGGGAUUGGAAAGGCUCCGGAGGAGGAGGAGGAGGAGGCUGGAAAGGCUCUAGAGGAGGAGGAGGCUCAAAAGGCUCCAGAGGAGGAGGAGGAUGCUGGAAAGGCUCCAGAGGAGGAGGAGGAGGCUGGAAAGGCUCUAGAGGAGGAGGAGGAGGAGGCUGGAAAGGCUCCAGAGGAGGAGGAGGAGGCUGGAAAGGCUCUAGAGGAGGAGGAGGAGGAGGCUGGAAAGGCUCUAGAGGAGAAGGAUGAAAGGCUCUAGAGGAGGAGGCUGGAAAGGCUCUAGAGGAGGAGGAGGCUCAAAAGGCUCUAGAGGAGGAGGCUGAAAGGCUCUAGAGGAGAAGGCUCAAAAGGCUCUAGAGGAGGAGGCUGAAAGGCUCUAGAGGAGGAGGCUCAAAAGGCUCUAGAGGAGGAGGCUGAAAGGCUCUAGAGGAGGAGGCUGAAAGGCUCUAGAGGAGAAGGCUCAAAAGGCUCUAGAGGAGGAGGCAGAAAGGCUCUAGAGGAGGAGGCUCAAAAGGCUCGAGGAGGCUGGAAAGGCUCUAGAGGAGAAGGAGGAGGCUGGAAAGGCUCUAGAGGAGGAGGGGGAGGCUCAAAAGGCUCUAGAGGAGGAGGAUGAAAGGCUCUAGAGGAGGAGGCUGGAAAGGCUCUAGAGGAGGAGGAGGAGGCUGGAAAGGCUCUAGAGGAGGAGGAUGCUGGAAAGGCUCCAGAGGAGGAGGCUGGAAAGGCUCUAGAGGAGGAGGAGGAGGCUCAAAAGGCUCUAGAGGAGGAGGCUGGAAAGGCUCUAGAGGAGGAGGGGGAGGCUGGAAAGGCUCUAGAGGAGGAGAAGGAGGAGGCUGAAAAGCUCUAGAGGAGGAGGCGUCUCAAAAGGCUCUAGAGGAGGAGGCUGGAAAGGCUCUAGAGGAGGAGAAGGAGGAGGCUGAAAAGCUCUAGAGGAGGAGGCGUCUCAAAAGGCUCUAGAGGAGGAGGCUGGAAAGACUCUAGAGGAGGAGGCGGCGGCUCAAAAGGCUCUAGAGGAGGAGGCUCAAAAGGCUCUAGAGGAGGAGGAGGCUGGAAAGGCUCUAGAGGAGGAGGCUCAAAAGGCUCCAGAGGAGAAGGUUCAAAAGGCUCCAGAGAAAGGGAUGCUCCUGAGCCUGCCUCGGCCUCUCCCUGCCGUUGUAGAUGGCCUCCGGGGUGUCUGGGAGAAGGGGGGGGGCUGGGGAUGGUGUGCAGGGAGGUGAACUUUCCUCUGGCCUCCCGCGGUGGAUGUGCUGCCUGUGCCACAGGGAAGUGGGGGUGCAGGAUGGGGUGAGAGGGUCAAGGGAGUGGAGAGGAAAGGAGGGAGGUGGGGAGAGGGAGGCAGCGAUGCCUGCAGUUGCCUGUAUCCGGUGCUGGGAGCUCAGCUGCUCACGGGCAGUCCCUUUUCCCCUGCCCUGCCUGGCAGGGUCAGCAGGCAGGGCUGGCUGUGACUCCUCCCGGAGAGGGCUUGGGAGCAAGGCAGAGCCAACCCCUCCCUUCUGCCGGGGUGUGCUGCUGGGCAGGGAAGCAGCAGAAGCCUGCCGCUGGGCAGGGAAGCAGCAGAAGCCUGCCGCUGGGCAGGGAAGCAGCAGAAGCCUGCUGCUGGCAUCUCCCAGCUCUCUUGGGCACUAAGCUGACUCCAGAGGAGCGUUUCAGCUCCUUAGCGUUCGGCUGACUGCCCCAACCUGCCCUGCCCUGCCCUGCCCUGCCCUGCCCUGCCCUGCCCUGCCCUGCUCUGCCACCUUGCUGGAAAGGGAAAAGCCAUGGGGGCUGCACAGCUCCAAUAAAACAAGCACUUUGGCACUGCUGCCUUGCCAGGCACUGGCUGGGCACCCUCUGCCAGGCUCCCUGAGCCAGCCUGCCCCAUCCCUGCCAGGCAGCACGGGGAAGAGCAGCAAGCAGCAUGGCAAGGAGAGAGAGAGAGAGGAAGCCUCUGUGCCCUCCUCCUGGCUGACAGCCUGGCAUUGAAGAGCUACUCCUUGAGGCACCUCAGCUCUCCCUGCCAAGACUUAUUCCAUCCCCACCCUGCCCCCCCCCCCAGGCCCCUUCCUCCUUUGUGCAGCUCGGGGCCAUUGGUGUAACCUCUCUAAGGGUGGGGGCAAGCCGAGGGCAGUGCCAACACUAAAGGGUGAGACACUACUAACCCCCACCCACAACAGCCAGGGCAUGCCCGCAGUGCCCGGGGGUAAGCCACGCCUGUGCCAAGGCCUUGGGGGGGGGGGAGUCUGAUUUGCUGGAGGGGUUGUGUGUGGGGGGGAGAGAGGGGGAUGGGGAACCAGAGCGAGCCAGGAGAAGUCUUUGUGGCCUCCGUGGGGUGGAGAAGGUUAAGGGUGAAAGAAGUGGAUUCUAUUUUCUCUCUUGCAGGAGUUCUGUUUUGGGUGGGUUGGGGUUUUUUUUUUUCCUCCCCCCCUCCCCCCCCUCCUUUUGCUCUUUCUUUUACCCCCUUCUGUAUUUUUUCAGGUUUUGCACAGUUCUUGUACACAUCACUUCAAAAAUAAACUCUUUUUUCCAUCCCUCUC